CAGCUUGUCUUAAUCAGUCGUUCGCCGUCGCCAUCGUCAAGUCAUUGGUCUACGUCAGCUCGGGCUCAUCAAAUGGUUAUGAGAUUCCAAGGGAAAGAAAAAAAGAGAAGAAAGAAAAAUUAGCAGUUGGUGACUUAUCACCAUGAACAAGUUGGUAGACUUUGGGAGGAGAGCCUUAUUUUAUGUGCGAGUCCUUUCUGGUUAUGAACAAUGGAGAAUAAGAUCUUGUAGGCCGCAGCUUGAAAAACGUCUCCAGCAGGCACAAGAAAGGAAGGAAGCAGUUAGAAAAAUACCUGAGCAGAUUAUUUUAUCCGAGGUUCGUCGUAUGGUAGAAGAGAUGCAAGCUUUAAACAAGAAGCUUGAAGAAACAGAGGCAACCAUUCAAGAAUACUUCAAACCAAUUGACAAGGAAGCUGAGAUGAUAAUGAAGAUGCAGCUAGAAGAGGAAGAGAAAACCAUGACGGAUAUGAUGAAGACAAUGCAUCAAGAAGUUUUGCUUGAGGAGGCUGAAGCAGGAAAGAUCUCAAGUAUGCAACAAGCAGAGGAGUCCCAGACCAAACAGAAGAACCCAACAGCAUCCACAACCACUUCCACCACAAAGGAAGCUGAGAUGAGAUGACUUUGAGACCAGUGAUGGUGACUCAAACUAGAUAACGCAUUUCUUGGUGAAAUUUUGUUUAGUUUGAAUAUCUGAGACAGCUUUAGGGCAUUGUUCAUAGUUGUUGUGUUUUGCACUGUUAGUUAUUUGAUGUAAUAAUAAUCGUACAAAUCUGCUAGUGAUAUUGUGGUGGGGUUCAAAAUGCCGUCUUGUAUGAAUGGUUCAGA